AUGGCGAUGCGACUAGGUACAUCUAAGCGCUUACUCACACGCUACACGAAGAAAUUGGAAGCAGUCAUCACACAUCUUAAGAAGGAAAGGUUGGAAACGCGCACGGCAACUUCACAAGAAGGCGAAGUACUUAGGGACAGCCUACGACAACUCAACGAAGGAAUAGGUGCAAUAACAGCGUUUACGGAGAAAAUUGAAAAACUCUUGAUGGACUAUGCCACAGAUGUCUCAAGCUUGCAAGACUUGGACGAACAAGAAGUAACCAGUUUCGAGGAGUAUUCCGCAAAGGCGGAAGAAACUCUUGCCUCCGCAUUUGACUACUUAGUACUCUUACAGUCACGCAGACAGGCAUACACGGUAUGCACGUCUCGUGCAGGGGAAGCAAGUAACACGACACUGGAAGCUGCGGAAGGAACUACCCCGGUACAACCAAGGCCAGUCAACCUUCUCGUACCACUGGAACUAGAAGAGUACCAGUCUGAAAACACAAAGGAAGCAGAUGCGGGUGGUAGUGAAAUCACACCUACUACGAAGGAAACAACCACGCAUCCGUACAACCUUCGUCCAAAUCGUAAGAAAAACUAUGCCGAGAACAUCUUGAACACAUCAAUACUACUUGUCACCAUGUUGGGACUACUAAUCACGAAUGAUGGAGUGAGGGGACAGAAAGUACGAGACCAAGUAGCGAAAAUCACCAGAUUCAUAAAAUGCAUCCCGGGUGGAGUACAACUCGUUUCUGAAGUACAAGUGCCUUAUCAAGUAUGCGCUGAGGACUUUUGUAAGACAUUUGACUCGCCACACUACAACGAAACAGUAAGGUUCCCACCUAGUAUAGUACUGCAUGAGCACAAGGUGCAAUGGAAACUCAGCAUCAAUAACGCUAUAGACAUAAUGGAAGCAAUGUGCCCAUCAGCACCAUUUUGCGAAUCGGUGGAUUGUCUCUUCUGUACCUCACUCAUCUUCAAUCCAGAAUGCUGGCCGGUUGGAGCGAUAAUAGCGCUUACAGUGCUUCUAUACUUGAUAGCAACGGGUUGCUACGCUCUACUACUCAGCGCCGCUGAACUCGACGGAGAAACAACAUUCUUAAAGACGAUCCUGAGAAUAGCAAGCCCACAAGCGGAAUUCCUGGAACCCCAGCUCCAAGCCAUCCUGAAAUCGCUACACAAUCAAAAGAAAGUAGCAACGACGCAGAGAACACAAUGGACGUCAUUGAUGGGCGAAGCAAAUUUUUUGCAAUCAUCCACAAACGAACAACUUAUGGUGACCAACAGAUGCCUACGAAGCGCGACGCAGACCAAGGAAAAGAUACUACGACUCGGGACAUGGUACAUCCUCACGGAUAGGAUCUAUGACCGACAAGUACAGGCUAAUCUCAUACCGAGAGGGCGGCGAUUCCAGUGGCUGGAAAAAGGAAAGAAACAAGAGUACGAUGUCAAUGCAGAAUCAGUGCUUAAAAUGGUUCAAAGCCUAAUGAGCUUCACGAAAACGAGCAUAAGCAUGAUGGAAGAUCAUCUAAACAAAGUCGAGAGGCAAGUGAAUGAGAGCGAGGAAGCAAAGCUUGCAGUUCAAUGUAAACAACUGAAGGAACGCAUCCAGGAAAUAGAGCUCGACUGGGCAGAUCAAGUGGAGAGACUCGAAAGAGAAAACAGAGCACUAAAGGAGAAGAUCCAAGAACAAUACGAAGAUAGGCAAAUGGACUGGAGUGCUGAAGUUGAAGAAACAACCGACGGCAGUCGAGCUGAGAACAAGGAACAAGGAAAAGAAAAAGGACCAGAGCAAAAUGAUGACGCAAUGGAUUGGACGGCUCCAACCGAGGAAAUAGCAAUAAUCGAUCAAGCCGAUGACGAUAAAACAAAGGAUGAUGACUAUGAAGAUGACAAAUCAGAAGAAAAUAUGAUGGAAACAACAUUUUCUACGAUCGAAAAGUUGAUGGACCAGGAGGAUAGCAGCGAAAGACAAAGAGAUUACCAUGCUUUUAAGUCCGCUAAUCCAAAGUUUUUCCGAGGGAAAUUGCUGGUGAUACUAGCGCUGAAGCAUGUACUUUGCCGCAAGUCGCGAGUCCAUUAA